AUGGGAAAAAUCACUCGUCGUUAUAUCUCUGAUUCACCGCUCUCAGGAUAUGAUUAUUCCUCCGGUGUUUGGCAAUUCGAAGGAUAUGGUACGUCGGGGGUGUGUAUCAUGCAAGUUUUUGGAGCUAGUACUCAUGCAACAACCCUAGUUCUCGGAGUAUGCAAUGGUGCAUUGUCAUACUACAAUCGUCUAGUCAUUGUCCCGGACAUCUACGAUCGUUGGUUCCGACUAAACGUAAUCCAUGAUGUUGAAGCCGAGGAUGUGAAGGUAUACAUCGAUGGAGUUCUCCAGUUGGUAGCACCUGGCCAAGGGGGAGCCUCUCACAAUUUCACAUGUGGAGUCUAUGCACAAGAAGAUAAUUCCAACUGCAUGGAGUCUCGUUGGAAGGAUAUCAAAGUUUUUAAGAAAAUGUGA